UAAUCAAUGCGCGAAAUAUUUUCUUUCAGCUUCGUUUGUUUUCUUUAAUUUGUUUACUAGGAAUUUGGCCAGUCUGCGUCAAUCCAAGACGCUAUAAAUUAAAUAUAAAACCACGGGUCAUUUAACUCAAUCAGCGCUUAGCAACUUUUCAUUUAACGUUCGCGCGGUUGAAAAGUAUUUUACAACGUGUGUUAUAAGAAAUCUUGGUUUUCAAAGGCUCCAAUCAUUGUAGGCGUUGCUUGAAGCUUGGGAUAAUUAUUGGGGUUAUCGAAAAGGUUAUAUUUUACUGUUUGAAUGUAUUAUAUAUCGAGUUUCAUAGCAAUAGUGGUUAUAUUGUUGAUUGUCUCUAUUCUCGGCYAGUAUUUACGUUUGAUAAUGUGUCCUUUCACAUCGAAUACGCACAUCUUUCGAUGUUAAUUUAAGCUGGAAUGGGUUAAAGCCGAUAACAGCGCGACAAGACUGUCCAACAAUUUUUUAGAGAGUUAAAUAUUAUCUCAUUCUCAAGAUACACAACUUUCUCAUUCAAAUGACUUUGAGAUUUAAUUAGCUUUUUUGGGAGCGUUUUGAAUAGACUCGCUCAGCAAGUGUCUUUUAAGAGAGCGAAGACCAAAGUCUCUCAACGAUUUCGCGUUCAAGGAAUUUUAGUUGAGCAAAGAAGCACUGCAAAGCAACAGCUGCAAACUCAAAAGGCCAUUCCUGGAGUGCUGGACUCCGAGUCAUUCCUAUCUGAUUUGUGUACCCAGAUACAAAGAACACUUAGUUAUUGUCAUCAACUUGGAGACCUUUUACUCAAAAUAUUUGACAAGAAAACAUCAGCAUAAUAAGAAAGAUACACGGCUGUCAUUAUGAAACGCCUACUGUAAUCACGUCAAACUUUUGCAGACACUUUAAUUAGAGAAAGAUCUCGGAGACGGAUUACGACUGAGUCGUAGCUUGAAUAUUUGAACUAUCAAAGUGAGCUUGGACGCGAAUUACAAACAUGUCGAAUAAUUCCACUACACAUUCCAUUYCACGAUGUAAUGCCGCGCUUGAAGGUCCGUUCGCAGGAAUGGCCGUUUUCUUGAUAUUCAUUCUCAUCGUGACCUUCAUUGGAAAUCUCUUGGUCAUCCUGGCAGUGAUCUUUUUCCGUCGUCUUCGUUCCACUACAAACUACUUCAUAGUUUCUUUAGCAGUGAGUGACUUGCUCAUAGCCUUGCUCUCGUUACCUUUCAGGUUAGAUCAAAACUUACACAAUGGAUACUGGUGCCUACCGCUGGAACUUUGUCAGUUGUGGUUUGUUGUGGAUGCGAUUUGUACUUUUGCCUCAAUGUGGAAUCUGGUCAUAAUUUCAAUUGAUCGCUUUAUAGUUAUUACUAAYCCUUAUAAAUACUAUUCUGUGAUGACGAAUAAGGUCGGAUAUGGACUUAUAUCAUCUGUCUGGACAUUUUCUAUAUUUCUGGCGUUAAUGAUGUUAAUCAACUGGAGUGGCAAAGAGCCAAACUUCAACAUCACAUAUGAAUGUAAUAAAGAUGAUCGUAUCUAUUUCACAGUGGCUGCGUCACUAGCGUUUUUCUUGCCUCUGCUCAUCAUAAUUGUCAUGUACGGAAAAGUAUUUCAGGUAGCUUUCAAUCAGAUGAAGUCUCUGGCAUCAUUACAGGUGGAUGAUGGGAACAGAACGCGAAACGGAGGCCGUAAAAAGUCAAUCAACUUGAUUCGAGAGAUGAAAGCUGCCAGGACGUUAGCAGUAGUCGUGGGUUGCUAUAUAUUCUGCUGGUUUCCAUUUAACGUUAUAUUACUCAUUUCUUUUUGGAACGCGUCAUUAGUUGAUGUUAACACAAUAGGAGUGCAAGCCAACAGAGCGAUAAGCUUCACUUUUAUAUAUGUCCUACCAGUUUUGAAUUCCACAAUGAAUCCAAUCAUCUACGGCUUGUUGAAUCGUGAAUUUCGGUCCGCGUUUAAAAAUCUUGGUCGCCGAAUGACGGGGAGGAGAUUGGGAGCCGUAGGCGGUGACAAGAUGCUUGAGACGACCACUACACGUUCCUGUAGCAUACUGAACGAUCACACCAUAGAUCCGUAUGGAGUACGGUUUAGCGAUCAAGACAGUGUCAGUUCGGCCCAUCAACUCCCCAUUGUGAAUUCAUCUCUCAGUGAACAACGAAAUGAACAACUGAAUACUGGAAAUAACAAUUUGGAAACCAGUCACGACCCCACCUUAGAAGAAGACCAAAAAACGAAAAUCCAGGAAGACACGGUAGUACGUACGCAAAAUGGUCACCUGUCCACUUCCGMGUUAUAUGAMAAUGAUGUCACCCAAUGCGGCACUGAUGUCACGCAAUCUGAUGACCAUGACGUCACAAAAUACAGYAAUGACGUCGCAYCACUMGAMAAUGACGUCACACAGUACGACAGUAAAGUCAUUGAAAAUGUUAACGCCMUUUCCAGCUCGACUACAGRACUGUGUCCCUCGAAGGGAAGUAGUCCUACACUUUCGAUUAAAAAUGAGAGCGGACCGGCAGGAACAGCUCAUCAAUAUAGUUCAUUACCACCUAUUGAGUCAAGUAGUACCUUAGAAGUUGAAAGUAAAGUCGCAAAAUCUCCUAAGUCUUCCGCUAAAAGGCUUCAUGUUUCACCUAGUCCGGACUGUUCAAGGAAGAACAUUGACGAUGACAGCAUUUCAGAAAACGCUGCCACUGAUAAUACCCUGUUAUGAAAGURAGAACGAUUGUAUGUCACAAUAUGSRGGAGGUCGGUGAUCUUUGCUUUAAACCGUGGUAAAUAUACUCAGAUUGGACGUGAAUAUUUUAUAUCACACACAGUGAGUAGUGUAGGGCUGAUAUAUAUGGCCGUUCCUAUUAGUUUCGAUGGCACAGGAAGGGGUGGCGAAUGGUAAAAUCCGGGAUCCGUCGAGAGCCCGAGAUUGCUGUUUUAAAAUCCGAGAUCGGAGAUUUUAAAAAUUUCCCAAUUCCGAGAAGUGAGAUUACUGUUUUUAUGUUCUUGUUUAUCGAGUUAACACGGAAAAAAACAUGUAUUUAGAGCAAUUAUGCAUUGAAAAAUUCUUAUAAAUCAACGCUCUCGAGAGCAUGCCGGCAAUUCAAAAUCUGAGAUCUUGUUAUAGAAAUUCCGAGAUCCGAGGCGAAAAAUUUGCCGGAAACACGAGAUUCAGAGAUCCUUUUUUGGCAGUCCGAGAUCUCGAGAUUCUACCAAAAAUUGCCGAGACCCAGUUAUUUCUAGGUACCAUUCGCCACCGCCACCCCUACAGGAAGGGCAAAGCUAAAAGAGGUUAAUCUUCAAAGUGCCCGUCAGGUCUAAUAACUGCUAUAUUGAAUAGAACUAAGACAACUAUCACAGUUAUUACAUACCGUAGAAAUAUUACGCAAAUAUUGCCAUUGGCAACCAUGUUUCCUUGCACACUUCUGCUUAGUUUUUGAAUAUUGAAACAUAUAUUAUAUUUACAAAAUUCAGUUGCUUUUAAGUAUCUGGACGUACUCUCUGUAUCAAAAUGUUGUAAGAUAUCUACAACUGAUAAUGGCAAAAAGGAAGUCGUAACAGAUCGACUUAAUCUCAAACUUAAUGAUUUUCGUAUAUGACUGAUAAAAAAAGCCACGACCGCAGUGCAUGCCGGUUGACUAUAGGUCUUUAAAGGGGUUGCGUCAGUAUGUUUUGUUGUAUAUUUUGUAUCUUAUAUGUAGCAGUAUACAGAUAUUUUAGAAAACCUUGAUUGAGUAGUGAAGAUAGUGAACUCCAAGACCGAAAUGCCUUGUUGCUUGUCGUAUCAGCGCUCGAAAAGGAUAAUUUAAUGUUUCAAAGUGACUUUGACAGCUCUGUAACUUCGAUAGGAAGCAAUCACAUAUUUAGAUUGUCAUUUUGUAACGCAUUUAACGCGGAGUUUCAGCAACAAUGCAUUUUAGCCUUGCAAUAUACCAUACAGUAUCACUCAUUCAGUAAUCAACGGGAUUUUUUUCUUUCAUUUUUCACAAAUAUGAUUAUGGACUCAAUAGCAUUUGUUGAUUAUCAAAGCUACAAAAAUACUUGAAAUUUCGUUAAGUGUAAGUAAAUAUUCGUGUACAAAUAGAUAAACAGGUUUCUAAUUGACCUACUAAGAUCGAAUGUCACAUUUUCUUUAUUGAUCUUGUAUAUCUACUAUCUGUUAUUAGCGCAAGGUCAACGGCCUUUCCUUUUAGCUAUCAAAGUAAUUGAAGUUCAAUCUAAACUUCACACUAAGUAAAUUUCUUGAUGGCAAUUGACGUUUAUCACAAUAAAAAUUGUUGAURUAUGAAAUKAUAGUGUAAUAUUUGACGCCUUUUAUCGGAGAAGUCGGCUUAAAAUUAAGUGAAUUUAAUUGUGGACAAUCCAAUAAAAACCGGUCUGUCGAAAUAUAAUUGACAAACCAAGACUGAA